AUGCCACGCGCGCGCAAGCCAACCACCCGGAAACUUCAGCCGCCCGCGUGUCGUUCCACCUCUACCACCCGCGUGUCGUUCCACCUCUGCCUCCCACGUCGCGCCCGCGCCGCCGCUCCACCUCCGCCGCCACGAUGCCUCCCCGCCGUCGCUCCUCCUCCGGCUACCGCGGCCAAGCGCCCAAGCGGCCACUUCGAUGCCGAGAUCCACUCCGGCGAGGAGCGCAUCCGCCUUGGCACGUUCGAGGCGGCGCACGAGGCGGCGCGCGCCUACGAUGCCGUCGCCUGGCGCCUCGGCCGCUCCAGCCGCACAAUGAACUUCGACGAUGUGUGGAUGCAGGCGCCGUCGCCUGGCGCCUCGGCCGCUCCCGCCGCACAAUCAACCGCCGGCGUCGAGGUCGCGAGCUGCAUCUCGCAGCCGCCGGUAUCAAGGUCGUCAUGCGGCCAGGAUGCGAGCUGCAUCUCGCAACCGCCGUCGAGGUCGCGUGGUCCGGAACAUUUUUUUCAAUUUAUUUUAUUGUUCUAA